AGCCGCUGUGGCGCAAGGACCGGCCGCCCCCGCCAGAGGGCCGUCUCUGCGGAGCCCUCGCCGCGCCGUCCCGCCGAAGAGCGGGCGAUGGGGGAGAUCGUGCCCACGGAGGAGAGGAUUCCCCGGUGGGACGGCAGCGAGUUCAUCGCGUACGGUGCCUCGGGCCUGGAGGUGCGGCUGCCCUAUGAGCUGCACGACCACUGCGGCUUCCGCGCCACGCAGAUCCGGGAGCUGGCCUGGGCCUUCCAGCUCUCCGACGUCAUGGAGGACGGGCUGGUGUCCACCAAGGAGGCUAGGAUAAUGGUCGGCAGGCUCGGCGAGGACCCGAACGACGGCGACUGGCUGAAGAUGUUGAACGAGAUCGAUCAGCACACGAGGGGCGUGCUGGACUUCCAGCACUUCGUGAAGCUGAUGUCCUUCUUCGACCGGAACAUGGUCACGGAGGACGAGCUCGUCAACGCCUUCAAGAUAUUCGACAAGGAUCGCAGCGGCUCCAUCGACGCCAUCGAGAUGCAAGAUUUGAUGAAGAAGCUGGGCUUCCCCAUGAGCCCCCUCGAGGCCCACGCAAUGAUCUCCGAAGCGGACGAUGACGACAGCGGCGAGGUGGGCUACAGUGAAUUCGUGAAUAAGAUUUUGAACUCCCAGUGAGGGUGCUAGCUCCGUCCCGCAUGCGCUGCCAUGAUGACAGAGCGCGCUGGCUAUAGCAGAGGUUUGUGUUAUCAGGGGCGGGAGCGCGGCGAGAGUCGACUAGCCACGGUAAUCGUAGUAGUGGUGGGGCGGCGAUUGCGCAGGGAACCAGCCCUUGACGUGGACUCGAAGGGGGGGCGAUUGGCAUUGGUAGAGGGAACUGUACAGGUUUCACGCUCUAGGUCCUUGAACCCCGUGUAGCGACUGGUCCCCCAUUCCCUUUGGAAGGGGAGCGCCUGCGCCUUCGCACACAAAA